AUGGCAAUGGAAAAUUUUCUUUCCCUUCGUCUUUCUUCCUUUCAUGCAUUUUCAUCUGCUGAGCUAUACCUUAAAGCAGUGGUGCCAUUAUCGUUAUAUGACAUUUCUGUAAACAACGAACGACCACCUUCAGCAUUCGACGCUUGCUUUUAG